AUGGCGGACAGGAAUGACCAUGAGGAAAUACUGGAGAUCCCAGACCGGGACUCCGAAGAAGAACUGGAGCACAUAGUAGAACAGAUAGCAUACGAGGAGGAAAGUACCCUUGUGGUCCAGAUGCAGGAGCCAGAAGCUCUUCCCACAGAGACAGACACCACAGACUACACCCCAAGCAGAACCUCCACGUCGCACCCAGGCUCCGCUCAGGUCUACGUGGAGCUGCAGGAGCUGAUGAUGGACCAGAAAAACCAGGAACUACAGUGGGUGGAGGCAGCGCACUGGAUAGAGCUGGAGGAAAACCUCCGAGAGGAUGGCGUGUGGGGUCGUCCUCACCUGUCAUACCUGACCUUCUGGAGCCUUCUAGACCUGCAGAGAGUCUUUUCAAAGGGCACCUUCCUCCUGGAUCUGGCAGAGACAUCCCUGGCUGGGGUGGCCAACCAGCUCCUAGACGGCUUCAUCUAUGAGGACCAGAUUCGGCCUCAGGACCGAGACGAACUGCUCCGGGCCCUGCUACUCAAACGCAGCCAUGCCGAGGACCUGAAGGAUCUGGGGGGACUGAAACCUGCAAUCCUGAACCGCUCCGGGGGCCCUUCUGAGCCUUUGCUUCCCCAGCAGCCAUCGCUGGAGACCAAGCUGUACUGUGAACAGACAGAGGGGGGCCAAGGACCCUCGACAUCUGGGAUUCUGAAGAUCCCCCCAAAUUCAGAAACCACACUGGUGCUAGUAGGCCGGGCUGCUUUUCUGGAGAAGCCUGUGCUGGGCUUCGUGAGACUGAAGGAGGCUGUGCAGCUGGAGGACCUGGCGUUGCCGGAAACUGUGCGCUUCCUUCUCGUUCUGCUGGGACCUGAGGCUCCUCAUGUCAACUACACCCAGCUGGGCAGGGCUGCGGCUACGCUCAUGACAGAAAGAGUGUUCCGCACAACUGCCUACCUGGCCCAGAGCCGAGAGGAGCUGCUGAGCUCCCUAGAGGACUUUCUGGACUGUAGCCUGGUGCUGCCGCCCACAGACGCCCCUUCGGAGCAAGCUCUGCUCAACCUGAUUCCGGUGCAGAAAGCGCUGCUCAGAAGGCGUUACCUGCCCAGCCCCGCCAAGCCAGACCCCGACAAGUUCAAGGGGCUAGACUUGCAUGGGGGCUCAGGGGACCCUGGUGGCGAAGACGACCCUCUACGGCGCACAGGCCACAUCUUCGGAGGCCUGAUCCGUGACAUCCGGCGCCGCUAUCCUUACUACCUGAGCGACAUCACCGACGCACUCAGCCCCCAGGUCCUGGCUGCCGUCAUCUUCAUCUACUUUGCCGCCCUGUCACCUGCCGUCACCUUCGGCGGCCUCCUGGGAGAAAAGACCCGGAACCUAAUGGGGGUUUCGGAGCUGCUCAUCUCCACGGCGGUGCAAGGCAUUGUCUUCGCUCUCCUGGCGGCGCAGCCCCUGCUCGUGGUGGGCUUCUCAGGGCCCCUGCUGGUGUUUGAGGAAGCCUUCUUCUCGUUCUGCGAGAGCAAUAACCUGGAGUACAUCGUGGGCCGCGCGUGGAUCGGCUUCUGGCUCAUUCUGCUGGUGGUGCUGGUGGUGGCCUUUGAAGGCAGCUUUCUGGUCCGAUUCAUCUCCCGCUACACCCAGGAGAUCUUCUCCUUCCUCAUCUCCCUCAUCUUCAUCUAUGAGACUUUCUCCAAGCUGAUCAAGAUUUUCCAGGACUACCCGCUACAGCGGACCUAUGUUGAUGUUCCGAUAAAACCCAAACCUCAGGGCCCUGUGCCCAACACAGCUCUCUUUUCCCUCGUGCUCAUGGCUGGUACCUUCUUAUUAGCCAUGAUGCUACGGAAGUUCAAGAACAGCACCUACUUCCCUGGCAAGCUGCGUAGAGUCAUCGGGGACUUCGGAGUCCCCAUCUCCAUCCUGAUGAUGGUCCUGGUAGAUACCUUCACCAAGGACACCUACACCCAGAAACUCUCAGUGCCUGAUGGCCUCAAAGUGUCCAACUCCUCUGCCCGGGGCUGGGUCAUCCAUCCCCUGGGUUUAUAUGGAAAUUUUCCCCUUUGGAUGAUGUUCGCUUCUGCCCUGCCCGCCCUGCUCGUCUUCAUUCUCAUAUUCCUUGAGUCUCAGAUCACCACGCUGAUUGUCAGCAAGCCAGAGCGCAAGAUGAUCAAGGGCUCCGGCUUCCAUCUGGACCUGCUGCUGGUGGUCGGCAUGGGUGGGGUGGCAGCCAUCUUUGGGAUGCCUUGGCUCAGUGCCACGACUGUGCGCUCUGUCACCCACGCCAAUGCCCUCACAGUCAUGGGCAAAGGGGCUGCAGCCCAGAUCCAGGAGGUCAAGGAGCAGCGGAUCAGUGGGCUCCUGGUCUCCCUGCUCGUGGGACUGUCCAUCCUCAUGGAGCCUAUCUUGUCCCGCAUCCCCCUGGCUGUGCUGUUCGGCAUCUUCCUUUACAUGGGAGUCACAUCCCUCAGUGGCAUCCAGCUCUUUGACCGCAUCUUGCUCCUGUUCAAGCCCUCCAAGUACCACCCAGAUGUGCCCUUUGUCAGGAGGGUGAGGACCUGGCGCAUGCACCUGUUCACGGGCAUCCAGAUCAUCUGCCUGGUCGUGCUGUGGGUGGUGAAGUCCACGCCUGCCUCCCUGGCCCUGCCCUUUGUCCUCAUCCUCACUGUGCCUCUGCGUCGAUCCCUGCUGCCACUCAUCUUCAGCCAGCUGGAACUCCAGUGUCUGGAUGGUGACGAGGCCAAAGUGACCUUUGACGACGAGGAAGGUCUGGAUGAAUAUGAUGAAGUGCCCAUGCCUGUGUGAGGGGCAGGGCAGGCCCAGGGCCA